UCUUGACGAAGGAACUAUGCCGAAUGUUACUUGGGUGUUCAAUUAAGAGUGUUGUGUGGUUGUUUGUGACGAAAAUUGAGUGUUUAUAGUCAAAUACUAUAAAAUACUAUUAUUUAAUUCUAAUUCGUGUACUUUUUGAUAUAAUAUGGUGCGCGGUGGUCGAGGUGGAAUGAUCCGCGGUGGGCGAGGUGGAAUGGGACGCGGAAUGGGGUUCCCUAGGAAGCAGUUCCUUCCUCGUCUUCCAUUCGAUUACACCUUAUGCGAAGCUGCUUUUCCACGUGUGAAGCCUGCUCCAGACGAAUCAGACUUCCAAAUGGCACUUUUGAAAAAAAACACAGACAUGUGCCCUACACCCAAAGAACAAACUUCUAUUUUAAAUCUUGUGACUAAGCUUCAGAGUGUACUUGAUAAUUUAAUUGUUGCUCCAGGAAGUUUUGAAGCAUGCCAACUAGAGGAAGUAAGACAAGUUGGUAGCUUUAAGAAAGGAACAAUGAUCAAAGGUCACAAUGUAGCUGAUAUUGUUGUCAUUCUCAAGACUCUGCCCACUAAAACAGCAGUGGAGGCACUUGGUACAAAAGUUAACAACGAUCUGAAAGCAGUUAAUGCAAAAGAAAUGUUCAGACUCACACAGACAGAGCGUGGUUUUGACAUUGCUAAUAACGAAGCAACUGUGCGUGUAUUGAUCACUACACUGCAUCAGAAUCUGAGAAAGCUGGAGUCUGACCAGCAUUUAGAUGUUAAAAUAUGCCAAGGACACCUUGCUGCUAUAAGACAUUCCCGUUGGUUCGAAGAAAACGCCCAUCAUUCCAGUAUAAAGGUUCUGAUUAGAUUGCUCAGAGAUUUGAGAAGCAGAUUCGAGGGUUUAGAGCCACUGUCUCCUUGGAUGUUGGAUUUAUUGGCACAUAAUGCCAUAAUGAAUAAUCCUAGCAGACAGGCAUUGCCAAUAAACCAGGCAUACAAGAGGGUACUUCAGUUACUUGCUUCUGGACUCUUCCUUCCAGGAUCUGCCGGUAUUUCUGAUCCAUGCGAGGGUGGUAACAUUCGUGUACACACUGCCAUGACAUUGGAGCAACAGGACUUGGUGUGUCUCACAGCUCAAACGCUGUUACGUGUUUUGGCUCACGGUGGAUACAGGCCAUUACUCGAGGGCACCAACAAACUUGCCGUAGAGAUGAGUGUAUGGGCGGGUGGCGUGGUCGCCAGCCCGUUGGACAAGGCUUACGAGCCGCCCACGGAACAGGAACAGCAAGAGGACAUGGACGAAAGUAACGAGGAGAUGAUAACAGAAAGUGCUUAAUUCUUAAUUAAACAUAGUCGUAUAAAUUCCUCGAAGCGCCCUACUUCCAAUGGGACAAGAAGUCUGUAUUAUUUUCUACGAUGACGGUUUAUUCAUAAACAUUCUUAUUCGAUGGAAAAGAUAAUGUAUUCAGGAUUGUACAUGAAUUUUUAACGAUGCCUGAUUGACUGUCAACAGUAACGUAAUUUAGCUGCGAAAUAUCUUUACGUAAUCGUAACUGUGUGCGUGUGUGUGGUAUUGUACGUAAUUAUUCGAAGACCGGCGAGUCUAGGACUUAACGAACAUUAUACCUAGAAUUAAAAUCUGAAUUACAUUUACAUGUACACUUACAGAAUCUAUACUCGCGUUGGUUGUCUGAUUUCUCGAAUCCCAUUCAUAUUAUUCAAGUAUUUUAUACUCGUCCAAAUUUCGUCACAACUUCUCGCUGCGUCGUCCAUUAUCCAAUGCAACAAUUCAACCGUAGAUACCCCGAUCAUAAUUGUUGGCAGUGGGCUGGGAUAAUAGUAAAAAAAAAUCAUAAAAAUA